CCUGCAUUGUUUGUUAUUUUUCUGUGGGAAAUAGUCCUUUUUUUAUUAUUUGUAUUACGUAUGUUUGUGAGAGAUAUCAUUCUUCAGAAUAUGAUCCUUGGGGUCUGCAAAUGAUUGCGUGUUCUAUGGAUAUUUACAUCUACUGUUAGUGACUUACCAUAAGAUGUCUUCAGUCUGAAUGUUAAUUGCAAGUAUCGAGAAAUUUUUUUUAAUAUGUCUACAAUAAGUGUGCUGCAAGAAGGACCUGUUAAUGCUCUGGCAUUAAACAAGGACAACUCACAAGUUGCAAUCGGUGGAAGAAAUGUUUUUAAAGUGUACUCAAUCGAAGAAGAUUGUUUCAAGGAGAUCUGCAAUUUGCGUGCUUCCAAGCAUCUCAAUUUGAGCUUCUCUUGCAAUGAUGUUGCUUGGAGCUCAACAGAUGAUAACUACUUGGCGACAGCUGCUACGAAUGGACACGUGUGUGUGUGGAAUCUGACAAAGAGCGGCAAGGCCAUGCAGGAACAAGUUUACCAGGAGCACAAGAGAACCGUGAACAAGGUGAACUUCCACUCUUCGGAGCCGUAUCGAUUGAUAUCCGGUUCACAGGAUGGCACCAUGAGGUACUUCGAUAUGCGAUGCAAGGCCGCCGUAGCUACAUUCCUCAGUAACACGGAAAGUGUACGGGACGUGCAGUUCAGUCCGCACAUGCCGCAUACAUUCGCAGCAGUUUCCGAGAAUGGUAGUGUUCAGCUGUGGGACGUUCGGCGCACGGAAAAGUGCAUCCAGCAGUUCACAGCACAUAGCGGACCGAUCUUCGCAUGCGAUUGGCAUCCUGAAGCCACUUGGUUGGCCACUGCCAGCAGAGACAAGACGAUCAAAGUUUGGGACCUGACGACGAGUAAACCUACUCUGGAUUAUACCAUACACACGAUCGCGUCCAUAGGACACGUGAAAUGGAGACCUCAAAGGAAGUACCAUAUAGCCUCAUGCGCUCUAGUCGUGGACUGCAGCAUCAACAUCUGGGAUAUUCGGAGACCCUUCAUACCCUUCGCCGCCUUCAACGAACACAAAGACAUUGCAUCAGGCGUUGCGUGGAGAGGAGAUUCACAAGUUUUCCUAAGCACAAGUAGAGAUUGUUCGCUCAUUCAACAUUCAUUUAAAGAUGCAAGUAGACCGGCCAGUAAAGCGAAUAUACAAGCUUUGGACAUCAGUACAAAAGGAAACACCUUAUUCGGAAUGCGCGUUCCGGUAAGCACGAACACCACCAAACCUACAGGACUGAUGAGAAAAAGUUCUACGAGCACUAUCAGCGAUCAGUUCCAUCAAUCUGCAAGCGUUCUGCAUCAGUUCACGCAUGUAUCGGUUUGCAACGACCUAAGUUCUUUCGAAUUUCUCGCGAAAAACUACAUCCUCUAUGGACGUUCUUUUCCGGAGAUGUGCGAACAUAACGCGGCUGUAGCCAAGGAAUGUGGAAAAAGUAACAUUUCUACCAUUUGGAAAAUAGUAAACACUAUGUACGGUGAAUUGUACGUGAAGAUUCAAGCUAUGCACAAUAACGGUGGACUUAAUUUGAUGAACAAUGUGGAUGCUUCUUCAACGGAGAAGAAAAAUAAUGAUGUUGUAGGAGAGGCGGCCGCGGCGCAAUUUAGUAGUGCAGAUGAUGAUGUAGAGGGCGAGGAUCAGGUGGAUCACACUGCGGUUGCCAAUGGGUACCAUACGUACAAUAAAUACGGACACCCGAAAGGGGACUUCUCCUUCGGCGAAAAUGAACUAGAUUUGGAAUUAGAUGCACUUAGUAUAGAUUAUAGAAAUGGAAUGAGGAACCAAAAUCAGUUGCAGCAACAGGAGGAUUGGACGUUGCCUAAUGAGGCGUUCAACAUUCGUCACGAGAUUCGUGACAGAUCGCCGCCUCCUGAGCAAUUCCCAAAUAAUAACAGCCCCGACUUCAACGAUGACUCUCACAGCAGCACCGUGGAUGAACAACCCACGUGGCUAGUAUCCGUAUCGAAAAUACCGCCCAUGCCCAUAUGGGAUCCAAGCGCCAGUUUGAUCGAAUCCUUAAAACAUCACGCGGAGAAGGGCGAUGUGCAGACUUCCGUUUCCGUUUUAAUUGUUCUGGGAGAGCACCGAAAGAAUCUGAAAACCCUAGACGAAAACACUGUAACGCAUUGGCUGAUGGGUUACAUUCAAACACUGGAAAGGUUCCGAUUGUGGAACGUCAAAGCUUUGGUGAUUGAAUUGGCAUGGAUUCCGAGCAUCUCUCAGAUGAACCAGCAGUCGACGAGGAUCAAUACGAACUGCAGUCAAUGCUUGAAACCGCUGCAGAGAAGUGGAUGGUUGUGCGAUAGGUGCCACUCCACGGAUGCCUCCAGGUGCAGUAUAUGUCACCAGGUUGUCAAAGGACUGUACGUUUGGUGUCAGGGCUGCUCGCAUGGUGGUCAUCUUAUGCACAUGCAAGAAUGGUUCAGUAAGAAUAAACAAUGCCCUACAGGGUGUGGUCACCUGUGCGAAUAUCGUUGAAUCAUCCAUAACGUUUAAACAUAAAUAAAUAUGUCUGUGAUGUUUUUUGAUAUAA